GGGGGGACUAAACUAAAAUUUACAUAUAAUUUACAUGUAAAAAAUUAAAAUUAGGGGGGGCCAUCGCCCCCCUUUCCUACCACCUGGCUCCGCCCCUGACUACUGAAACUCUGUUUGAGUCUGGGUAGCAGAUAUAUCGUUAGUUGGAGAUGAUCUCUUGAUAUCUAAUGCAAAACGCAUUGAGAAAGCAGUACUAGGGUAUGUGUGUAAUGCUCUUCUUCUUAAGAUAAAAAUUCAAAAACAACCAAUUAGGCAGGACCUAGAAGCUACUCUUUGUUGUGAUGUACACUGUAAGGAUGUAGGAAGAAGUGAAGAACCCAAUUCUCAGCUAACCAAUGAACAAACCACUGCGGCUGCAACGCUUUCCUUCAUUCAAACUUCAAUUUUGUGGUAAUGGCUACUAGACAGAAGCGCAACUAUGAACUUAUUGUUUUGUUAAAUUUAUAUAUAACCUUUGAUGCAAUUUCUUUUCCUCCUGUAAGUUUGUGACUUAAAAAAAAUAUUUAUUAAAAGGAGAUUGGAACAUGAAAUUAAGAAAGAAAAUAAAGCUCAAACAGAUUGACCUUUGUUGUUUUUUUUUUUUCUUUUCUUUAUUCUCCAUUUCUUUUCGACACUCCGUCAGAGUCGCUGCCUCCGGCCUUGUUGCUCUCCUUGCGCAUCGCUACUCCGUUCAACACUUCGUUGCCACCUACCCGCAUCGCUGCCGCCAGCAACUCUGCGACACGCUUUCCUCUCCGCCGUGGUUGUUGCCUUCCCUUGUCCCUGGCAUGGAUCCGGAAGCUUCACGAACUGCACGAGAAUCUCUUGAUCUGGCAUUUCAAAUGUCGAAUAUACUCGACACUGGCCUUGACCGUCACACGCUCUCUGUUCUUAUUGCUCUCUGUGAUCUUGGGGUUAACCCAGAAUCACUUGCUGCUCUUGUUAAGGAAUUGAGGAAUGAAAAGCCUUCCUUGUCUUCUGCAACAGCGCCGUCUUCUUCGUCCUUUUCUUUUGAUGUCAUUCUUUUCUUGCUCAGGUAUAUAGAUGAUUGAAGACAAAAGGCUGAGUCAUGAGUUACAGAAAUUUAUUGGUUGGGAUUUCUGCUGGAGGCCAUUGAAAAGUUCAUGAGGUGAUGGUUUUGAACGGUGGAGAUUUUGCAUCAACAAUUAUGAGUUGGAAACACUCACAUUGGAUUGAUGGAUUGGACUCAGUCAUGUAAUUUCCAAUUUAAUUAUAUCAAUGCUGUUUAAUUAGUUUACUGUUAAUUGUGUUGAAUUGAUAACAUUAUUUUGUAUUUGCACGUCAAGUGUAAUAUACCCCAGGCACACGGAAAAAAAGAAAAUGUCGUCUAUGUUUCAUCACAUUAAAUUGCUGCUGCCUUGUGCAUUAUCCUUGUAUCGAAUUGUUCUGAUAAGAUUAUAAGAAAAGUAAUAAAUAGUAACUGUCGGUUAGACAGUUGUAAAUUCCAAAAA